CAGAAUACGUACUCCAUCAAACAGACUAGUGCAUGUAAAAGAUGAAGCCAAACAAUUUGCGGUUAAGGCCAUCAGCACCACCAGAUGUAGCAAUUACAAUUGGGGAUGAAAGAGAGAUUAAAUAUGAUGAUGAUUAUGAUAUAAUUAAAUAUAUACCCCUAUACAUGGGGUUGGUGAAGGGUGAGUUGGAAAAAGUGAAAGCGUUUCUGGAUAAAGAUCCAGCUGCAGCAUACGCUAGGGUUUCCACAAUAGGGGAGACGUCUAUGCACAUUGCCAUUUCGCACGGGAACGUGAAGUUGGUGGAAGAGCUUUUAAAAAGGAUGGAGACAAUCAGUGAUCUUUCUGGUGAUGAAAAGGCUGGAAAGCUGUUUGUCAAAGAUGGUUACGGUGACACACCACUUCAUAUUGCCGCCAGAGCUGCAAACACAACAAUAUCAGAAGCAUUAGUUAACGAUAACCCCGAGUGGAUUGUAUCAUUAUCGGGAAAUCCAGAUGCGGAUGAAGAAUUGCCAUUCAACCUCUCUGCAAUUUACCAUAACUGGGACUUGUUAGUUAGUUUAGUUAAUUGUUCAAGAAUACUUUGGCCACUAGAUACAAGUAAUUUUCCAAAUUGGAGUAUGUUCAGCGAAUUUAUUAACUGCGAGAUAUUUGAGGAGGCAAAUGAUAUUGGGGAUAUCUUGAAGUGGGGAUCAGGACCGAUGGAUUUUAAAGAUGGCUUGUAUACAAUGGCAGACAUGGUGUCUGUAUUCUCUCCACCGGGAUAUUUUAAAAGAUUGAUAUAUUACUGUAAAUACAUCUUCAUAUACUUAAUUAAUUUUUCUUUAUAUAGUUAGUUACCGAAUAAAAAAAUAAUAAUCCUCUCUUUAUUUGUUUAUUUUCUCUUUCUUUUCUUUUCUUAAUUUCCUAUUACUUUGACCUGCUCUCCUUAAUUAAUUGCAUACAUCUUAAUUUUUACAACUGAAACGGAAUGGGAAAGCCUGCUGCCCCCAAUAAGUCCACAAUCAAUCACAUCAUUCAUGUUUAAUUAGGCGAAAGUUUACAAUACUCAUGGCUGCCAUUAGGCUGGGUAAUUUUAUUUUAUUUUUAUUUUAUUUUUUUAUUAUUAUUAUUAUUUUUUUUGUGAUGGUUGGUACAGGCUUUCUCGCAUGCAUAACCUUGAUUUUUUAUUUUUGUUUUAAUUUUUUUUUAAUUAUAUUUUUUCCUACAUUGGUAUUAGUUGAAUAAAUUAAUAUUAAUAAACUCUCAACUACUUGUUUAAAAUGUGAAUAUUUAGUAUAUUUAAUAUUAGGCUACAACUUUCGGUAUACUACCUAAAUUAAGUUCUACUACUUAAGGCUGGUUUGGUGUAUGCGUUUUGCUUUUUAUUUUCGUAUUUUUAUUUUUGUCAGGUACUAUAACAGUGAAUAAUAAUUUUUUUUAGAAAAAAAGAAAAAAGAAAAAAGUGAAGAUUGACAAUACUCAUGACUAUCAUUAGAUUUAUUUUAUUAUUAUUUAUUUUAUUAUUAUUAUUAUUAUUAUUUUUUUUUUUUUAUUAUUUUUUUUUUUUUGUGAUGGUGGGUACAGGCUUUCUCGCAUGCAUAACCUUGAUUUUUUAUUUUUGUUUUAAUACUUUUUUAUUUAAUUAUAUUUUUUCCUAUAUUGGUUUUAGUUGAAUAAAUUAAUUUUAAUAAAUUCUCAACUUCUUGUUUAAAAUGUGAAUAUUUAGUAUUAGGCUACAACUUUCGGUAUACUGCCUAAUUUAAG